AUGCGAGCACUAUUUUUGCUCUACUACUUAAUUGUUCAAAUAACAAUUAUUUACGGUUUUAAUCAAUAUUUGGGUUGUUUUAUUGAUCAUAUUGACAAUCAUGAUCUGGAAAUAUUUAUUGGUAAUUAUAAACAUUUAACUUCUAAACAAUGUAUUUUUGCUUGUCAAAAACAAAAUUAUCAGUAUGCAGCCAUACAACAUGGUAGUGAAUGUCGUUGUGGACAACAAUAUGGAAAAUAUGGUCAAGUAUCAGAUGAUCAAUGCCAUUAUUCAUGUAUAACAUCUGAAAAAUGUGGUGGUGAUAAUCGAAGUAGUGUUUACAGUGUUAUUAACUCGAUUGGUUUAUCGAAAUCAGGUAUUUUUUGA